AUGACGCUUGACAACCUUCCCGGAGAGUUGGUUCUUCGAAUUAUACCCCUCCUCACGGCGCAUGAUCACACGCAAUUGGUGCUGGUUUGCAAGUCCUGGUACUCGCUGUUUAUCCCCCAUCUAUAUCACCAUGUCAUGAUUCCCCUCAACUAUUACUGUGGCUUCGGGUUUGGUCACAUUAGUAAGAGCCUGGACCUCCCGGUGCGCCGGAUUACCCUGGCUCUGAUUGAAAAUCCAUCCCUCGCUCUCUUGAUCCGCUCCCUGGAGCUUUAUCCUAGCACUUGCAAGGGGAAAUGGCGGGAUGGACCCCCACUGAAGCCACUGCCUGAAGAAGCAUACCGUCUUUCCAUGCUGCCUUAUGGUGAAGCUAAGCGCAAACACCGCCGCCAGUUCCAUGCCUGGCGCCGAGACCUCAAGCAACGAUCCGAAAGACAGGACUGGUAUCGGCCCUACCGAUAUGAAGAUGCCUGGCUAGCCUUGCUCUUGAUGCAAGUCAAGAAUCUUGAGAGAUUCGCCAUGGAACUACCCGAAGAAAGGGAUCACCUCAACGAAGAAGUUCAACUCAAGAAUUCCGUCCACUUUGAACGAGUCAUCCAAUGGGCCAGUAACCCGAACCUGGGAGUUCUAACACGCCUCACACACAUCUCGUUAACCAACGGCCCGGCAUUCUGGGAACCUGGGACUGCCGUCAACGCCGUUCCCUUGAACCGGCUGGUUCCCUAUCUCCGGAUCCCGUCAGUACGAAAGCUUUACGUGAAGAACCCGUGUGAUCGGAUCCGAUUUAACAUGCCGAAAAACAGAGACCUGGUCCUACCACUGACUCAUCUGGAUAUAGAGGCUCCCGGUGAAAGACUGCCUAAUCUCCCCCGUUUGUUAGAGAGAUACCCAAACCUGCAGUCGUUCACCCUCGAACAGGGCGAAUUGCAGAGAGAGCAUGUGCACAAUUAUCCGGAUUACUCGCUGUUGUACCAGCCUUUACAACAGUCUCAGUCUUCGUUGCGACACUUAAACCUGACAUACCAAAGCGACCGAACCUGGCUGGAUGCCGAGAUCCCAACGCCUGCGUUUUUUGGAAGCUUAACGGAGUUUCGAAAUCUCCAGACCGUCCAUAUGCGAUGGAGUAACCUGGUGCCGUUUCUCGGGAAAGCGGCCUACGAUCCCAGCACACCCCUUUGUGAGUUGCUUCCUCACUCACUACAACAUCUGUAUAUCGAAGAUUGCUUGAUCCAGUGCUCUUCAGCUUUGUGCCGGGAAUUGGAAAACCUGGUCACCCACAUUUCUGAGACGGUCCCCAUGCUGAAGACGUUAUAUCUUCGGUAUGCCGCCGAAGAGCAAGCACCCGGGCAAGGGUGUAGGGAAUGUGUCCAGGGUAAAUGGCCCACAUUGCGCAUGAUGGAACAAGACCCUAUCUCCGACGGCCGCCUGCUAGAAUUGCAAGGGAAAUUCCGUGCCCUGGACGUGGAAUUUCGUAUCAUCGAACGAAAAGCCAGAGUUCCCUUCCCCGAGGACGGUUCCAUCAGGAAGAAGUGGCCGCGGGGGAAAAACGGUAAAAUCGUCAGCAUGUGAUCUUCUCAUUGUUUUCAGGGGUCGCUGUAAUCUAUUAUUACCUUAGGUAUAUGUCUUGACUCAGAUUAUUUGACUAGCUGAAUAGAGC